AUGGGUUUGGAGGUCUCUGAAUCUAACUUGGCAGUUUCCGUGGAAACUGGAAAUGAAGAGAAGAUUUCUGUGGAAAAUGAUAACAAGAUGGACAUAAAAUUUGGUUCACAUGGUAUGGAUGAGCCAGCCAAAGAAGAUGGAAAAAAUGUUUCUGAGGCCAACCUCCCGAACAAUGCAGCUGAUGAGUGGCCUGAACCCAGUCAGAUCCACUCUUACUAUAUUGUUAAGUAUAGGUCUUUUGAAGACCAGAAUCUGAGGGGCAAACUGGAACUGGCAGAGAAAGAGUUACAGAAAAAGAAUCAAGCCCGAUUCCAGAUCACUGAAAAAUUGAGGGAGAAAAGGGCAGUUCGGGCCCAGGUAAUUUCUGAGAUAAGGUCUCUAAGUGUCGAGAAUAAACAGUUUAGGUCGAUCAUGGAUGAGAAGAGAAAAGAAAUGGAACCUCUGCAGCAUGCUCUUGGCAAGUUGCGAGGUGCUCCUAAUGGAGGCAGAGAGAGGGGUUCGAUGAUAUGUUCUUCUGAGGAAGAACUCAAUGAUCUUAUCAAAAGUUUACAAUGUCGUAUUCAGCAUGAAAGCAUUCCUCUCAGUGAAGAGAAGCAAAUCCUUAGGGAAAUUAAACAACUUGAAGGGACAAGGGACAAGGUACUUGCAAAUGCUGCUGAGAGGGCAAGGAUUCAGGAUGCAUUGGGGGAAAAAGAAGUGAUUCAGGACCAAGUCAAACUUAUUGGUGUUGAUCUUGAUGGAGUUCGAAAGGAAAAACAAGCGGUCAAUGCGAAGCUUAAGCAGCUUGAUGAUGAAAAAGCAUCUAUAGACAAAGACAUAAAUGAUUUACAGGAGGAAUUGACAGCAAUUACAGAGAAGAGAGACAAAACUUUUGAAACCAUUCAGGAAAUGAGGAAACAGCGUGAACAGGCGAAUGCCCACUACUACCAAAACCGUACACUUUUGAACAAAGCUAAAGAACUUGCAGCAAAGAAGGAUGUUGAAGCCCUGAACGAGCUCUCACAUACAGAGGUCGAGAAAUUCAUUUCCCUCUGCAGUAGUAACAAGGCAUUCAGGGAUGACUACAAGAGGAGAGUGUUGCCAUCACUCGACAUGAGGCAAUUGAGUUCCGAUGGUCGGAUGAGGAAUCUAGAUGAGAAGCCACUUGUGGCAGUUGAGGCACCUACUCAAUCUGAGACUCAGAUGAUUGUGAAAUCAAACGUGAAACAACCUGCUAAGGAGGAUUCCAUUCCUGUGGCACAACAUGAUACUUCUUUGCAGAAAGAUCAAAAGGAAAAGAAUGCUCGAAAUAAGAAAGAAGCAAAUAAGAAAACCGACAGCAUCUUGGACAAGAUUGAAAGUGAAGACAGAGAUGUCUCUGGGAUACAUCAAUUGCAAAAGGAUGAUCCUCCUAAAGUUGAUGAGAUGAAAUUGAAGGAGAUGAAGCGAGAGGAAGAGAUUGCCAAGGCUAAGCAGGCAAUGGAAAGAAAGAAGAAGACCGCGAAAAACGAGAGAGAAAGAAGGCUGGGGCUGUUGUCUCUCAGGAUUCCGAGGAACCAACUGAAGCAGUUGCAGAAGUUGCUGAACCAGAGAAGACGGAGGAAAAGGUUGAAACUCCUGUCCUGCCAAAGAGCAAGGGAUGGAAAGAAAAUACCCCUAGGCAUAGAGCGCGCCCGAGAGGUCCAGAUUCACUUCCAAAGCCCUGAGAGCCUUAUGCUGGCGCUUGGAUUGGAUUUGUUUGCUGUGAGUGAUCAGAAAUUCAUGGCAAUGUUUGUUGCACCUGGAGCAAUUGAUGCACUUGAGCACGAACGACUCUCUCUUUAG